AUAAGCGAUGUCAUCGCACACGCCAUUAAUAUGAGUAUUGAUUAAACAAAUAGUCUUAGAAACGCGUCAUAGUCGACAGAGCAACGGAGACAUGGACGCAUGUUUUAAUGCCUUUGAUAAGGACGGCGACGGUUUUCUGUCGAUAUCUGAAUUCGAACUUAUUUGUCGCGCGUUAUUUCGUAACGAUCGGGGCAAAAUUUAUGGUUUCGAGGAAAAGCAAUUGCGGGAAGUGUAUUCGAUUUUCGAUCUCAAGGGCGAUGGUAUGAUUGAUAGAGAAGAAUUUGAGAUUUGUUGGAAUCGAUGGAUUAAAACAUGCACUCGACCCAAAAGUGCUUUCUUAAUCGUGGACGUGCAGAACGAUUUCAUAACAGGUUCACUGAAUAUAAAGCAAUGCGCUGCGCAACAUGAUGGUUCGGAAGUGAUCGAACCAAUUAAUCGAAUACUAGAAACCGUGCCGUUCGACGUUGUAUUUUAUUCUUUGGAUUGGCAUCCUGUGGAUCACGUGUCCUUCAUCGACAAUUUACAUCUCAGAGAAGUAGAUAUCAGCAGUGGUAUCUCGAAAGAAGCGGCGCAGGUGUAUGAUACGGUGACAUUCCGCGGACCACCGUUGUUGAAGCAACGCUUAUGGCCGCGUCAUUGCGUACAGGACUCAUGGGGCGCAGAGCUGCAUAAAGAUUUGAAAAUUGUGGAGGAUGCGAUUAAAAUCUACAAGGGCACAAACCCAGAGGUGGAUUCGUACUCAGUAUUCUGGGACAACAAAAAAUUAACAGAGACAACGUUGUCAUCACAAUUGCAGCAAAAAGGCGCUACCGAUAUCUACAUUUGUGGUCUUGCAUAUGACGUGUGCGUGGGAGCAACUGCUGUGGAUGCGCUCACCAGCGGUUAUCGUACAGUAUUAAUUGAUGACUGCAGCCGCGGUGUGGACCUCGUUGACAUCGAGAAAACCAAAGCCACUGUGAUAGCGAGUAAUGGCGUGAUAGUGAACUCCAGUCAGGUGAAAGCAAUGGUAGAGGGAAAAGAUCGCCGACCGGAGCUGGGCUAUAAGCUCGCAUUGGAGAUCAAACACAAGAUGAAUCUCGAUGAAGAAUAAUGUAGUAGCAAGUCUAAUAUAGUCUAUAUUUAGACGCUUUUUUUCAAAUUAAGUCUCCUGGCUACUCACUGCAGCUAUUUUUAUUUAUGACCCCAAAAGCGAAAAAGUAUACGCUCAAAAGUCUUGCAAAAUACGUUGAGAUAAAAAGGUAUAUCUACAAU